CUGAAUAAAGUUUUAUAAUUUGCUUACCAAUUUAACAAAUCUGGAAAUAUUGAAAAAAUUUAAAAGUUAACAAAGAAGUUUAAGUUGAUUUUAAAGUUUGAUUUUAAAAUUUUUUUAUAAAAGAUUUUGUCACAAAAGAAACUUGAAAAAUGUUAACACUCCGGGAAAGGCAAAUAAAUGCGAUAAAACAAAUGCUAAACUUGAAUCAACCACAAAGUAAGUCGAUAAUUGCAGAACCUGUCUGGAAAAUAUUAGUGUAUGAUAGAGUUGGCCAAGAUAUAAUUUCGCCACUAGUUUCAAUUAGAGAACUGAGAGAAUUGGGUGUAACAUUACAUGUUCAGCUGCAUUCUAAUCGAGAUUCAGUGCCGGAUGUUCCAGCCAUUUAUUUUUGUGCGCCUACCAAUGAAAAUUUAGACAGAAUACAUCAAGAUUUUCAAAAUGGAUUGUAUGAUAUAUAUCAUUUGAACUUUAUAUCGCCUAUUCCUAGACAGAAAAUUGAGGAUUUGGCAGCAGCUGCUUUGCAAGCUGGUUGUGUUGCUAAUGUUCAUCGUGUAUUUGAUCAAUACGUAAAUUUUAUUUCAUUAGAAGAUGAUUUUUUCAUUUUAAAGCAUCAAAAUAGUGAUGAUAUUUCAUACUACUCCAUUAAUCGGGCGAACACUAAAGAUGAAGAAGUGGAAGCAAUAAUGGACAAAAUAGUGGACAGUUUAUUUUCCGUAUUUGUCACAUUGGGUAAUGUUCCAAUCAUAAGAUGUCCAAGAAAUUCCGCUUCGGAAAUGGUUGCAAGAAAAUUGGAAAAGAAAUUAAGAGAAAACCUUUGGGAUGCAAGAAAUAAUUUAUUUCAUAUGGAUGCUGGACAGGUUGGUGGAUUAUUUAGUUUCCAAAGACCCGUGCUUCUAAUAGUAGAUAGAAAUAUGGAUUUAGCAACACCUUUGCAUCACACAUGGUCAUAUCAAGCACUGGCACACGAUGUACUUGAGUUGAAUUUGAAUAGAGUUUUCAUCGAUGAAGAUGCUGCAUCAGAAAAGACUGGAGCCAAGAAAAAAGCGAAGGCUUGUGACUUAGACAAUAAUGAUAAAUUUUGGAUGACACACAAAGGUAGUCCUUUUCCAACUGUCGCUGAAGCUAUUCAAGAAGAGUUGGAAGAAUAUAAAGCAUCUGAAGAGGAAAUCAAAAAAAUGAAAUCAUCAAUGGGAAUUGAUGGAGAAACUGAAGUAGCAUUUUCAAUGGUUAAUGAUACAACAGCUAGAUUAACCAGCGCUGUGAACUCUUUGCCACAGUUGAUGGAAAAGAAACGACUUAUAGAUAUGCAUACAAAAAUUGCUACAUCGAUUUUAAAUUAUAUCAAAGCAAGACGAUUAGAUUCAUUUUUUGAGGUAGAGGAAAAAAUUAUGUCCAAAUCAACAUUAGAUAAGCCAAUAUUAGAAUUACUCAAGGAUUCUGAGUUUGGUAAACCAGAAGACAAAAUGCGUUUAUAUAUAAUUUAUUACAUCUGUUCUCAAAAUGUACCCGAAUUUGAAUUUGAAAGAAUGAAGGAAGCUUUACAAGAAGCGGGAUGCGAUCCUACGCCGUUAGCGUAUGUUCAACGUUGGAAAAGUAUUAUGAAAGGGUCUUUAAUAAAUCAACAAAUUAAUCCUUACGAAGGAAGUGGAACCAAAACUGUUUCAAUGUUUUCCAAAUUAGUGUCACAGGGUUCAUCAUUUGUCAUGGAAGGUGUAAAGAAUUUAGUAGUAAAGAGACAUAAUUUACCAGUUACAAAGAUAACUGAACAGGUAAUGGAAUGUCGAAUUGGGGGUGAAAUUGAUGAUUACCUGUAUUUUGAUCCAAAACUAUUAAAAGGUGGCGAUGUUCUCCCGAAAAGUCGUGCUCCUUUCCAAGAUGCGGUAGUUUUUGUUGUUGGUGGAGGAAAUUAUAUUGAAUAUCAAAAUUUAGUGGACUUUAUUAAACAAAAACAAACCGCAAAUGCAACUAGAAGAAUAAUAUAUGGUGCAUCAACCUUGAAUAAUUCAAAACAAUUUCUAAAAGAACUGUCGUUACUAGGUAAAGAAAUUCAAGGUUCUGCUUUGACUUAAUUUGAAUAUUGAAAUUGAACGAAUAUUUUUUGUUACUAAUAUUUAUGGUUCUUGGAGUUUAAAAAAAGGUAAAAUAAUGUUUUCAAUUACAUUUCUAUAUAAAGCUUUAUUAUAAUAGAAUAAAAGUUGUAUUAAUACCACUAUAAAAAAAUUUAUAUAAUUUUUCUUUUUAAAAAAUAUCAGAAUUUUGUUUCGAAAUUCAAA